AUGUUCCCAUUGAAGUCACUCAACUUUCUAAGACCCUACACCCUCUCCGAGCCACCACCCCCUCCCCCAGCUACACCCUCUCCGAGCCACCACCCCCUCCCCCAGCUACACCCUCUCCUAGCCACCACCCCCUCCCCAAGCUACACCCACUCCGAGCCACCACCCCCCUCCCCUAGCUAUACGCUCUCCGAGCCACCACCACCCCCAGCUACACCCUCUCCGAGCCACCCCCUCCCCCAGCUACACCCUCUCCGAGCCACCACCACCCCAGCUACACCCUCUCCGAGCCACCCCCUCCCCCAGCUACACCCUCUCCGAGCCCCCAACCCUCCCCCAGCUACACCCUCUCCGAGCCACCCCCUCCCCCAGCUACACCCUCUCCGAGCCACCACCCCCUCCCCCAGCUACACCCUCUCCGAGCCACCACCCCCUCCCCAAGCUACACCCACUCCGAGCCACCACCCACCCUCCCCCAGCUACACCCUCUCCGAGCCACCCCCUCCCCCAGCUACACCCUCUCUGAGCCCCCUCCUCCAGCUACACCCUCUCCGAGCCACCCCCCCCCCCUCCCCAGGCAGGAACCCAGAGGCAGGAACCCAGAGGCAGCAACCCAGAGGCAGGAACCCAGAGAGGCAGGAACCCAGAGGCAGCAACCCAGAGGCAGCAACCCAGAGGCAGGAACCCAGAGGCAGGAACCCAGAGGCAGCAACCCAGAGGCAGGAACCCAGAGGCAGCAACCCAGAGGCAGGAACCCAGAGGCAGCAACCCAGAGGCAGGAACCCAGAGGCAGGAACCCAGAGGCAGGAACCCAGAGGCAGGAACCCAGAGGCAGCAACCCAGAGGCAGGAACCCAGAGGCAGCAACCCAGAGGCAGCAACCCAGAGGCAGCAACCCAGAGGCAGGAACCCAGAGGCAGCAACCCAGAGGCAGCAACCCAGAGGCAGCAACCCAGAGGCAGCAAUCCAGAGGCAGCAACCCAGAGGCAGCAACCCAGAGGCAGGAACCCAGAGGCAGCAACCCAGAGGCAGGAACCCAGAGGCAGGAACCCAGGGGCAGGAACCCAGAGGCAGCAACGCAGAGGCAGCAACCCAGAGGCAGCAACCCAGAGGCAGCAACCCAGAGGCAAUGUAA